AAACCCACGAGCCCGUACCAUUUGGUUCCAUUUGAAUAAUAAAAGGGACUUCGCCAUUUUAGAAGCCAUAACUCAAGAAAAAAAUGGCAGAUGAGAACGCAGUGACACCCACCAGAAACCCCAUUAAAAUCCCAGUUGGGAAUAGUGCUGCACAAAAGCGAAGGCAAAAUGCAGUUUCAGUGGGUAAAGAAAGAAGAGAAGCUUUGUUUCGAACCAAACGGCUAUGUAGAGUGGCAGUUAGCAGCGAGAGGGAUGUUCUUGAUGGUGAUAGUGACAUGUUGAUUGAAGAAGAGCAAUCCAUUUUAGAGGCCCAGACGUCUUCUGCUGUUGAAGAAUUGAAACUUGCAGUCGCCUUUCAGGGAAAAGGUGCAGUCCAAAAGAGGGUGAAUGCUCUACGCGAGUUAAGACGUUUAUUGUCCAAAUCUGAGUUUCCUCCCAUUGAAACUGCUAUUAACUCUGGAGCAAUAUCUUUACUUGCACAAUGUCUUUCGUUUGGCUCCCAAGAUGAACAGUUGCUUGAGGCUGCUUGGUGCCUUACAAACAUAGCCGCUGGAAAGCCUGAGGAAACGAGAGCAUUGUUGCCGGCAUUACCGUUACUUAUAGCUCAUAUUGGAGAGAAGAGUUCCAUGCCUGUUGCCGAGCAGUGUGCAUGGGCAUUAGGAAAUGUUGCUGGUGAAGGGGAAGAGCUUAGACAUAUUCUUAUUUCUCAAGGAGCCUUACUUCCUCUUGCAAAAAUGAUGUUGCCAAACAAGGGUUCAUCAGUUCAAACUGCUGCUUGGGCGUUGUCAAACCUGAUCAAGGGACCGGACCCAAAAGCUGCAACGGAACUCAUAAAAGUCGAUGGUCUAGUGGAGGCAAUACUAAGACACUUGAGAAAAUCGGACGACGAGUUAGCAACUGAAAUAGCAUGGGUUGUCGUGUAUCUCUCAGCUCUUUCAACAAUUGCUACUAGCGUGCUUGUGAAGACUGAUCUUCUUCAUUUACUAAUCCAACGGCUGGACUCGUCAAAUAGUCUGCAACUACUCAUUCCGGUGCUACGGAGUUUAGGUAAUCUCAUUGCAGGUGAUGCUUACACUACUAAUGCCGUUCUUAUUGUCGGACAUGAAAUCACAGAUAAUAUUAUACGGGCAUUAAGCAAGUGUCUGAAAAGUGAGCAUCGUGUCUUAAAGAAGGAAGCUGCUUGGGUGUUGUCAAAUAUAGCAGCAGGGUCUGUGGCUCACAAGCAGUUGAUAUACAAGAGUGAAGCAGUGCCGUUAUUAGUAGAGCUUCUGUCAACAGCGACAUUUGACAUAAAAAAGGAAGUGGCAUAUGUUAUUGGUAACCUCUGCGUUGCCCCAACCGAAGGUUCUGGAAGGUCAAGUUUGAUAUUCGAUCACUUAGUUUCACUUGUUAGAAGCGGAUGCCUUCGGGGUUUCGUUGACCUGGUUAGAUCUGCUGAUCUUGAAGCCGCGCGACUUGGACUUCAAUUCAUGGAGCUGGUAUUAAGAGGGAUGCCCGAUGGUGAGGGGCAAAAGUUGGUUGAAAAAGAGGAUGGAAUUGAUGCCAUGGAACGGUUCCAGUUUCACGAAAAUGAAGACCUUCGGAACAUGGCUAACCAGUUAGUUGACAAGUACUUUGGGGAGGACUAUGGGGUAGAUCAAUAGUGUGGUGUAUCUUUGUUGGCCAUGUAACAUGUAGCUAGGAUACCAAGACGUUAACUUUUUAAGGUUGAAUACAGUUGUUUUCAUGAGUUGGGUAUAUAUGUACGUUUCCUUUGACA